UCAGUUGAUUUUCAUAUGUUGAGAAAUUAACAACGGUAUUGGUUAAGGUGACAUACUACAUACUACAUACUAUAUGCUCGUGAGAUAAAUUGAAGAACAUUCGAACAACGUAAGACUUAUUAUAUAGCGACAGCGACCAGACAAUUCGUGGUAGUGGUGAAUUAUACAAUAAAAUAAAAUAACUCCAAUCAGCAGCCCAUUGUCGAUGAAAUGCACAUUGUUUUUCUUUGCCAAACAUUAGCGGCUACAUAACAUUAAACCGAGUUUUCGGCUGAAAAAACAAAAAUCACGCAUAUUAUGUAAAGCAGCGGGCUAACAAAGUGCUAAAUUGCCGGAAACUAAUUGUGUUAUACAUUUUUGGAAAUAGUUUGAAGUUCUGAUGAAAUCAAAGCGAGUAAGUGCCAAUACUGCAUUUACUGGACAAAGUGGUCGCAGUUAAGGACAAGCGCGGUCGCUGGCCAGACGAGGCAAGGGCAAAGAAUUUGAACACUGCAUAUAGCUGUCUAUAUGUAUGGGUCUAAGUAUAAUUGAAAGCAUUAAAUUGCGAGGCAGUUACGAGUGCAAUUUUAUGAACGUGAUUGUCGAAGCAUUGUGUAUUUAAAUUGGAAAUUUGUCGCCAACAAACACGCGCCCUUACGUUGUCCGUUGCUGCAGCGUAUCCCCCUAGUCGCGAGUUAAACUGUAAAAGUGCAAGUGAAAUUUUUCCAGAGCAGCGCCCUAAGAUGUUGACCGUCUCCAAAGGCCCCAGCAAGAUUGUGGCCAAAACACGUAGAGGUGUUCCGCAAAAUUAUGAGAAAUUAUUUGAAAUCAAAGAGAGCGGCCGCAGAUCCUCUGACCUUAAUAGUCCGGAGAAUAAAAGUGCACCACGUCCUGUCUUCAAAAAAUCUGCCUCGAAUGGUCGACACAUAGAAGAGGUCUCAUUAACACCACAGCAUGAGGAGAUCGUGCAAUACAUCAAUGACUCGUGGAACGUCAUUGUGGCGCAUAAUCCUUACGACUCCGCGUUCGAAAGCAAUGACCAUCCGCAACAACCUACGGACUCCAACAACAACUCCGCGGGUUCUUCCAUCGCAUCCACCUCAACGUCAUCGGCCGCCUCAUCGGUGUGCACCUCACCGCAACCGACCGCAUCGAUCUAUUGCAUCGAACCGCCGAGCCCAGUGUUGAGCGAUUUCAAACCCUUCGAUUUGGUGACUUGGUGGUAUGAUCGCCUCUGUGAUGUCAAGAGCACGUGAAAUGUGACGACGAACUAAAGCUAGCGAGAGAGAGUGAGUGAGCGCGUGAGUGUGGGCGUUCGUAUGUGUGUGUGUAUGUGGGUGAGAAUGUGACGUAAAUGUACAACGAGUGCUAUUGUGUAAAACGAAAACAAGCUUAGACACAUAAAUACAAAUAAUUUACAACCAAAAAAGUGGCAGCAAACGAAAUUUUGUGCAUAAAACACACAAACCACAAACAAUUUAAGUAAAUCAUAAACAAUUGUGAACUGUCAUCACCUGCGUCAGACAAUGGUCGUCGUCGGCGCCGAAGUGCAGUGUAAUUAACAUACAUACUCACGUAAAUAGAAAUGCAUAUAGAAAUGCAGGCAAUACAUAGACACUAACAUAUAUGUAUGUGUAAAUUAAUUACUUUUUAAUUAAGUUUUACGUUUUCUGUUUGCUCGUUUUUUUAAUUAGCUGUUACAGUACUAAAGUAAUAAAUAUUGCAUAAUAAAUAUA